AUGGUAUCGAACAUGACGGAUACCAAGUUAGGAAUGGAGUCGGUGUCACCGGUGACGCUCAGUUCUGAUUGGUCCAGGCUGGCACGGCUCAUAUUUCUUGCAUCUCUUGCAGCCGUCGGAAGUGUUGGUAAUGUGUUUAUGAUAAGCGCCGUCAUGAUUGAAGAUUACCUCCGAAAGCGAGGUAACACAUUCGUGGUGAGCGUAGCGUUAGCCGACCUACUAGUGACCGGUUUAGUCAUCCCCGCCUCAGCCGUGGUGAUUCUCGCUGGCCUUCCGGAGAACCUCCCUGUGUGCAAGUUCCAAUGGUUCCUUGCGACGGUAUGCUUCUUAGUGACUGUCCUAUCCCUCACGGCAGUCGCUGCAGAAAACUACAUCCGUCUGUGCUGCUCGGCCGCAACCUACGAACUCUUGAGCCGAGGAAAAAUCACAGCCAUUCUCAUGAUGCUAUGGACAGUAAGUGCCGUGACUUCCAGUUUGCAGUUUGCUACAGAUCUAACCUUCGACUAUUGCACCCGGCGGAAUCCCGGCCUCAUCCCCUACCAGGCUACCGUGGGAGUGGUGUUUGUGUUCUUGCCCAUAUUUCUAACGCUUUUUAGUUACGUGAGGACCGCUUACCAAAUCCGAAGGGCCAAAUCCAGGCCUAACUUCAAGCCCUCUGUCACCUUCAACUGGGACUACUCCCUCAUGCACACCAACCUGUACAGUUUCCUUCUGUUCGUGUUCUUUUGGCUCCCGUUCGGGGUGGUUUUGGCCAUCGGGACGGUGAAAGAGGUGCACAACAGCUUGUUCUACAAGCUGGCCUGGCUAGGCAUCACCAAGUCCUGCAUCAACAGCAUUCUGUACUGCAUCACGAACAGGCACUUUAGGGGAGCCUACGUCAACCUUUUUCAUUACUGCUGCUGCAAAACCACGGUGACGUUUUCGAGGAGGCAACGACCAGAAGGGGUUCGCCCCUCGGGGGAUGUCCGUGUUCAUAUCAUUCCAGGUUACAACAUGUACUGCAGUCCGCAGAGGAGCCGCGAGGGUCAAAGCAAAAGGUGCUCGUCUCGACCUAAUGGAAGGGAUGUUUACGAAUUAUGA